UCCAAUGUUUAGGCACAAACACUUCUGGAGGAACAACAACUCUCUGCUCAGUCUGCUUCAACAUGGCCUCAAUCCAGCAUCCUUGUGUUUGUUCUCCGUUUGGGCCCAAGACCAGAGAGGACUUCUUGAAAUAUUACUGCCAGCUGACACUGGAUCUCAACACCGUUCAAAGAAACGUGUGUCUCUCUGAGGAGAACACUAAGCUGACGUACUGCAGCACCCCUCACUCUUAUCCUGACCAUCCAGACAGAUUCACCACCAACUGGUUCCAGGUGUUGUGCAGAGACAGUCUGUCCAGCCCCAGCUAUUGGGAGGUGGAUUGGAGUGGGACUGUUUUCAUAGCGGUCUCCAGCAAAGGGAUCACCAGAUGCGGUGAUAAUGACUCUUGGUUCGCUGGCAGUGACAAGGCUUGGACACUGGUGUGCAGUCCAACUUACACCUCCUUCUGGCACAAAAACAAAGAGACACCCAUUCGUAUGCCCUGCUCCUCCAAAGUGGGAGUGUACCUGGACCAGAAGGCAGGAACCCUGUCCUUCUACAGUGUUACCAACACGAUGACCUUACUCCACAAGCUCCAGACCACAUUUACUGAGCCCCUCUAUCCUGGCUUCAAUCUAAGUGGAACUAUAAAAAUACUGCCCCUAACAAAGUGAGAAAUGUUAAACAAAGACAUCAUAAUGUUGUUCUUAUAAACUGGCAUGUCUAUACUAAUAUUCAUACAGUAUACUAAGUUUCAGAUAUUCAUUUUGUUCCAAUGUGUAAUUCUGUACUAAUUCAAUGCAGGUCAUAUU